AUGGCUUCCAGGUUCGGAGCCUCGUCCCUGCACCAGCGCGACUCGCGCAGCGACCUCUUCAAGGGAUACACCGGCGCGGGAAGCAGGCCGGUCAGCGCCAGUCCCGGUCGGCAGCAGCAACUAGGCGGCGGGUACGGGUACGGCGGGUACCAGCCGAGCAACGGCAGCACCAGCACCAGCCAUCUUGGUGUGUCAGAAAGCAGGGGAGGUUACAGGCCGGCGACGCCGAACAGGAAGGGCCAGUACAGCGACGCGGUGCUCAACGAGCUCGAGAGCCAGAAUGAUGAGCAAGUCGAGGGUAUUUUGGGCAAGGUGAAGCUGUUGAAGGACAUGACCGUGGCGAUUGGCGAUGAAAUCCGCGAGUCGUCGGCUCUAGCCGAAAAGAUGAACGAGGGCUUCGACCAGACACGUCUCCGUCUCCGCGGGACCAUGAACCGAAUGCUUGUCAUGGCGGAGCGGACCGGUGUCGGCUGGAAGGUGUGGCUGGCUUUCUUCCUGGCUGUGAUCUUCCUCUUCGUCUAUGUUUGGCUGUUCUAG